AGCCAUGUUUCUAAUUUUAGGGCGCUGUCAUGCUCCUGAUUCCUUAAAAACGGAAACAAAAUUCAUUGCAAGUAUUCAAUGAGAAAUGUUGUAAUGAAUCAUAAUACGUCAACCAUGUAGCAAUAUCACGCUCUGACAGUCUUGCUUGAAAAGUUCAGGGUCAGAGAGAUGACAGCAGAGUUAUUAUUAUUUAUUAGUCUAAUCAAGUGUUGACCUUUUAUAACAUUUUCUGUUGCCUACAGAGCAACGGUUCCACCUGAAAGUCGUGGUCAGUCGAACUCUGGUGACAUUUUCGAAAUGACAUGCUAGAUUAAUUUUUUUUAUUCAUUUCCCCAAUUUUUUGUGAUAUAAAGGAUUGAAUGGGCGGAUUCGGCACUUUGUCACAGGAAGUAUACUAGUUUCAUUUUCUCUGUAAGUAUACUUUCAUAAUUCCUUAUCAACCUGUUCACUUUUUUUAAUUUAAAAAGAUUGAAAAUUAAUUUACAAAAAAAAACAAGUAAAAUAAACAAAAAGACUUAAAAAAAAAGACAUUGCUUCUUCAUGCAGCUGAAAAACCUUUGUAAAUGUCUUUAUUUGCUCUAAAUAACUCAUACAUAAUAGCUUUUAAAAAAUAUAGCAUUUGAAGAGCUUUAUGUCGCGUUUGCAUACAAAUCUAGAAUGGAAUAAAACAAAAACACAUCACAUUUAGAUUGUACAACGCGGUACAAGUCACUAUACAUGUCUGACAUGGAACUUCUUGUCUUUACACCGGACUUUUUAAUGGAUGAUUAAAACAUUGAAAACAAACUUUUGAUAGAAAAAUAAUAAUUAUAAAUUAAAUAAACGUCUAGACAAAGAAUGAGGAGAUUAUCUCAAGAGAAAGUAUGUGUACAAAGUAAUCUUAUUUGAAGUAUUUAUAGCUGUUUAUUUAUACCACAUUUUUUUUUCAAUGUACUUUAUAUUUUAAUUUGAAAAAUGUAUGAAAUUUAAUUUAAGAAAUGUUUGAAAGUGUAAGAUUUUACUAAACUUUAAAUAAAAUUGUUUUAAAAUUUAUUAUGGAAAAUAAUAGUUAACUUAGAUACUAACUAGAGCAGUUCCACAAGUACCAUAAAAGACAACUUGAGAUAUAUAGAUAGCUAACUCUGUCUGUCUGUUUGGUGCAAUUUUUGUACACGUUAUUUCUCCCACACUCAGUCUCAGAUCAAGUUGAAAUUCUGAGCAAAUAUUUCUUUUACAUAACAAAGCAAAAAAUUAUAUUUAAAAAAAUAAUUAGUACAUUUAUUAUUGGAGAUUAUUUUUUUGGGGUUGGUAUUGAACAAGGGAAAGAAUAUGUACUUGGAUAAUGUGUCGAUAUUAAAUUAAAGUUAAAUUAGAUGCUUUUCUUAUUUGUGUAGAGAAUCAGGUCGUUACUUAAAAGUUUAAAACAAACAAUAUAUAGCUAUGGACCUUCUAUUUUCAUAAGAACUUCGCUGGCAGAGUGGUUAGUGUAUUGGCUUGAUGAAGUUUGAGUCCUAAUGUUCGAAUUCAGACCCAACUGGUCAAGACAGGUGAUAGGAUCAUUUCUCAUUGAGAAAGCUAAAAGCAUGAAAUUGCGCUAAACAAAAACAAAUCGCCACUUUAAAUUGGACUUUUAACAUCCAAUAUUACAGCACCACUACAACAACCGUCAUGAAUGAGACGUCUGCUUUGAACACCUCCUCACUUACUUUUGAACCAAACGAUACCAUUUUGCCAUACAAGUAUAGUGACAGUACGAUGUUGUUCUUAGAGGCAAGAUUGGUAAUUACAUCCGUGUUGCUAACCUUUGGGCUGUUCGCAAAUAUUUCCAUUAUUUUAGUUUUAAGAGGAUUGAAUACAGCUACAUCAAUACUAACUAUCUACAUGGCAACAUUUGAUACUAUCUCUUUGAUAAAUAAAGUAAUUAAAUAUGGAUUUGAAUAUUAUUACAAUAUAGACAUUUUUGGACAUGUAUAUUGCUUAGUAAGUUUUUCCUCAAUUAUUGCUUUAGUAACAACUGCCAACUGGACUCUAGUUUUAAUAUGUACAGAACGUUUUAUCUCCAUAUUUUUUCCAUUUCAUUAUCGAACUUUUGUUUCAACAAAAAGAGUACACGUUACUAUGGCAACAAUGCUGUGCAUUUUUGUUGUAUACUCCAUACUAGUUAAUGUGACACUUCGAGAAUAUAAUGAUUUAAUUAAGGGCUGUAUCACAAUAAAUAUAUCAGGUGACAAUUUUAAUAUAUUAAUAAAUGCUGUCGCAGUUCUAGUGCCCAGUUUAUUGACUACACUAAUCACCUCUUUAGUCAUAGUGAAACUCAAUUUUUCAAAACCAGAUUCCAGAAGUAUACAAAAAUCAAAUUCUCGCCUGAAACUGGAAAGCACAUUUAGUCGGAUUAUGGUUAGUUCAGCCAUUUUGUUUGUGAUCCUAACGACGCCAGGGACAAUUUAUUACUGUCUAAUUUUUCCUGCAUUUGAUUAUGAAACUGUCAGCCCAGUCCUAGACAUUUCUCUCUUUCUCCUAUCUGAUUUAUCACAUAUUCUGAAUUUUGUGGUCUAUGUAAUAUUUGUUAAAGCUUUUAGAAAAUCCUUUCUAGAAAUAAUUACAAAAAAAACCAAGAGAAGUUUGAUCCCUUUCAAUGGAGUUACUUUAAUUUUUUUUUGUAGUCACGAGUUGUUUUUUUUAUUGUCAGCAAACUGUCAAAAAGAAAUAAAUAAAACUGUUGUAUUUAUGGAAGAACUAGACAUAUGUUACCCGCGACCCGCGGUUCUUUAUUUGCGCAUUACUGUCGAUAUAGUCACAAUUAAUUAAACGAAAUAAUAAUGUAAUAAGUAAAGCUAGGAAUUGACUCAGUAGAGAGAUGUGUUAAUGUGUAACCGAUUGGUAAUGUCUAAUGAAAGAAGGUUCGCCAGGAAAUCUGUAAUCACAGAUAUCUGGAAUUAAUUUAUGUAAAACGCUUUUGAAACACAAAAUUGAAGGUUAAUUUUAUUAUAUAAUGAAAUCAAUGGAUCUUCUUUUGUAUUUUCAUGUGUCAAAGUAAAAAACUAUCUGCGCAAAGUGUAUUUCUUAAAAUUAGAUCUAGGUCUAAAUCCUUUCGAUCUUUUCUCAUGUCAAUAUUGUUAACCAUGGCCUAGAUCCAUAAAAUACUAUAGCUGUAAUAGAGUCGGACAACUUUAUUUUUUUUUUGAGAGUCUUAAGUUUGUUUUAGGGCUACAAUACAUACACUACGGUCUAAGUUAGUACCCAAGGAACAUUCCUGCCUAGUUUCAUCAAGAUUGGUCAAGCGGUUUUGAUGUCUAUAAGUAACAUACAUACAUACAUACAUACACCUCACAUUCUACUUUAUAGUUUCAUCAAGAUUGGUCAAGCGGUUUUGAUGUCUAUAAGUAACAUACAUACAUACAUACAUACACCUCACAUUCUACUUUAUAAUAUAGACUAGACAUAUGUUACCCGCGACCCGCGGGUCUUUAUUUGCGCAUUACUGUCGAUAUAGUCACUGAGAGUGUUUUGUAAACAAUUAAACGAAAUAAUAAUGUAAUAAGUAAAGCGAAUGUGUCAAUGUAAAAAUAGUGUGAAUGAAGCUAUCAAAUCAAAAUACCUAAUAGGCUUAAUUAAAUCAAUUUUUUUUUUCAAAUUAAAACAUUUGCUUGUAGGCCUACAUAUAUUUGAUUAAAAUUUGAGAUGAAUAGACUAAAUUUUGUUCAUGUGUAUAAAGUAUAAAGUAGAUCUUGAGGUAGACGUAGAUCUAAAUCUACACUAAUCUAGAGUUCUGUGCUGCGCAUGCGUGAACUUUUUUUCAUGAAUGAAUAUAGGCCUAUCUCAACACGGCUACGCAGCUUUAGCGAACAGCGAACGAAUGUAUUAAAAAUGCUUUAGAAAACAAAUUUGAAUGUUAAUUUGAUUAAAAUAUCAAAUGAAUGGACAAUAAUUAGUAUGUUUAUGUGUUAAAGCAUAAAACUAUCUUUGCGAAAAGAAGUUUUAUCAUCUUAGAGUUCAGUAAGAGUUUUAGACCUAGGCCUAGGAAUAGACUCAGACCUCAGAAGAGAGAUGUGUUAAUGUGUAACCAUUUGGUAAUGUCUAAUGAAAGAAUGUUCGCCAGGAAAUCUGUAGAUAUCAGGAACUAAUUUAUGUAAAAAAUGCUUUUGAAUAAUCUAGUGGAUUUGAUUUAUAUGUAUGUUAAACUUAGCUAAUGAUCCUUUCACGUUAUUUCUCUUUCGCUACGAAAAUAAAAUUAGGUUUGCGAAAAUGGGUUUACCCGAAGUCGAUACAUUCUUAUCUAUUAAAAACGAAAAGAGCGAUAGCUUUGUUAAAUGAAUGGGAUUAAAAAGUGAACAAUUAAACGAAAUAAUUUUUAGUACGCGAUUCAUGAAUGAAUAUACAUCUAGGCCUAUCUCAACUCGGCUUCGCAGCUUUCGUAGGCGAAUGUAGCUUUAGAAAACCAAAUUUGAAUGUUUAUUUGAUCAAAAUAUGAAAUGAAUGGACUUUAAUUAAUAUGUCUAUGUGUUAAAGUAUAAAACUAUCUGUGCGAAGAGAAGUUUUAUCAUCUUAGAGUUGAAUUAGAGUUUUAGAUCUAGGGAUGGGAUUAUAAAGUAAACAAUUAAACGAAUUAAUUUUUAGUACGCGAUUCAUUACGGUAUUGUCUAAUGAAAGAAUGUUCGUCAGGAAAUCUGUAAUCACAGAUAUAAGGAACUAAUUAAUGUAAAAAAUGCUUUUGAAACACAAAAUUGAAGAUUAAUUUUAUUAUAUAAUGAAAUCAAUGGAUCUUCUUUUGUAUUUUCAUGUGUCAAAGUAAAAAACUAUCUGCGCAAAGUGUAUUUCUUAAAAUUAGAUCUAGGUCUAAAUCCUUUCUAUCUUUUCUUAUGUCAACAUUGUAGACAUGGCCUAGAUCCAUAAAAUACUAUAGCUGUAAUAGAGUCGGACAACUUUAUUUUUUUUGAGAGUCUUAAGUUUGUUUUAGGGCUACAAUACAUACACUACGGUCUAAGUUGGUACCCAAGGAACAUUCCUGCCUAGUUUUAUCAAGAUUGGUCAAGCGGUUUUGAUGUCUAUAAGUAACAUACAUCCAUACAUACAUACCCCUCACAUUCUACUUUAUAAUAUAGAAGAUGGCACAAGUCAUGAGCAAUGGAUUUAUUUCAUCAGGUUUGGUCCAUGCAAAGAAUAUAUAUGUGAGUGAUAGUAGUGAACAGAUGUUGGAAGUACUAGCGGGCAUUGGAGUAAAUACAACUAAAGAUAACACAUUAGUCGUGGAGAAAAGUGACCUGAUAGUGAUUGCGGUCAAACUGAACAUUGUGAGUUGUGUCUUGAAGGAAGUUGCUCCUGUUGUCAUCCCUGAGAAACACUUGUUUGUGUCUAUAGCUGCAGGAAUCACAAUUAUAUCUAUUGAACUUGCCACCUGGCACACGUGUGGACAAGGUUAUGCCAAACACCCCUGACAUGGUGCAGGCAUAUGUCCAGCAUUAGUUUUAGUUAACCCACAAAUAAUGUUGAACAAUUGAACAGUAUUAUGGCACUUCAACUAUAACUCUGGCUUUAUUUGUGGCCAGUGCAGUUAGUGAUGAAUUGCCUCCUUUUUUGUAGGUAUCUUUAUAUUUUUCCACAUGGGACUUAAUAUGUUGUCAUAUAAUAUUGUAUACAGAAUGUUCAUUUAUUAUUUUUUCCCCUCCCAUUCCUACUUUUUGUUUUUAAAUUGUCUUCAGUUUUAAGAUAUUUUUUUAUCUCAAUGUUAGUUUUUCAUUCAAAUAAUUAUGAUAAAAAUUAUAAUAAUAAUUAUAUGUUGAUAUGGAGUAAAGUUUUUUUUGUUAUUAACUGCCAGUGUUUAUGGAGUCAUGCUUUUAGAUUUCUUGACAAUUCUUCUCUGCAAUUAAAGGUUAAAGGACAGGUUAUAUUAAAAGCUCGUGUUCAUUUUAAAUUACUUUUUCAAAUGUUAAUCUGCUAAGCAUAUUGAGUUAUAUAUUCAAAAUGAAAACUUUUGAAGCCUAUUAAAAGUUACAUCAUGAUAAGGGAAACUUAUUAACACAUUUAAUUAAAUUGUUUUGUUUUUCAAAAAUGUUUUAUAGACUUACUUAUUUUGACAAUGUACAAAAAACAUAGUCAUUAAACUCAAUUUUUUUUAAAAAGUUUUUGCUCAUAUUAGAUAACCAUUAUAUAACCAGGUUAUAAACCUGGUGGUGGCACAGAUGGGGGGUAGUGGUGUGUGUGUAGUCAGCGGACGCAAAUCGCCCCAGGCCAGUGCUAGACGAGCGGUCAACCGUGACGAGCUACGACGGUCAGCCGAGACGAGUUAACAACAUGAAGGUUCGAGUAGGAUCUGUGUCGUGAACAGAGCUCAGAAGCGUCACUAGAGUUGUAGUCACCUGACCACCCAGAAACGUCGAGCGGCAUUCUGUCCGGUUAUAGAAGGCCAGUAGAGACCCUAUAUAAGAGCGGAGGUGUCGCAGUCAAGACGGUUGAGAAAAGGGGCUCAAUACAGCAGGGUUCACGACAGGGUCUCAGAACACGGUCGACUACAGCACAGUUCAACGGUGUGGUUCUGUACGGAACAUUACGACGGUUCGGUGCGGAGUACUGUCAAGUACAGUUGAGACGACUAGCGUCUUGAUCUUGGUCUGUGAUCAAGUCCGACACAACGAGCCUAGUGUGUGAAGUCAGUCCAGAACAGUUGAACCCAGUGCAAGCCCGGAGCCAGACGGAGAGGCCAGUGCAAGAGUUGAUACGGCGAUACGGUGUAAUCGGAGAGAUAUUUGUACAGUGUACGUGUUGCCAAUUGUACAGUAUUGACAUUAAACUGUUACGUUACUUUGGAGCCCUGAGUUGUCAAGUUCUUUAAGUUGGUAGUGUAUGGUGCAGUUUGCAGAGAGCCUGGAUAGUGAGAUUCGUAACAAUAUUAUUCAUGUUACCAUAACAAACCUGUCUACAUAUAAUAAAAAAGAAAAUGUUUUUGAACAUGCACAUAAAAAAAAAGUAUCAAUGGGUUAGUUCGAGAUAGGUCCGACAUUGUUGUAAUAAUGAGAGCUUUCCUGGGUUUGUAAUACAUACAUAUGGUAUGUUUGUUAUUUUGCAAUGGUGCAAGAGGUUUGCAACGUAAAUUGAGCAAGUAAGAAGAUCAGGUGACAGAAUUUAGAGUUUCAUGGCAUUAAAUCAUUAGUCCGUUAGCCGUAGCUACCCACCUGGGAGAAUGUAAACUUCUUCUUAUCUUAUCUUAUAUAAUACAUACGUUACUUCGAAAAAGAAGAUGAUUACGUCCUACACGUCAUGCAUUCAGUCAUGCAUAUUAACCAAUGACUUAAAUUCUGCCAAGUCACUGAUUUUCCUGGCUAGCUCAGGCAACCCAUUCCAUGCUCUAAUAGCA